AUGACAAAGAGUAAAAAAACACAUACGAGCGUCGAACUCGGUCAAUAUAAUAGAGUUAGCAAAGAUAUUAACGGGCCAGAAUCUUUGAAUGAUAUUCAAAAUUCUGACGAAAUCAAACCAUUUUUACGAGAAGAAACGAUAAGAAAAUUAAAAUCGGUUGCUGGACACGUUGGACUUUUAAUUACUUUAAUGCUUUAUACAGCAAUCGGUGGUAUGGUUUUUCGACAAAUGGAGCUCCCUGCAGAAUUAGCGAGAUUAGAAAGAUUGCGUAUAAAAUUACGCACGCAAAGAUACAGAUUUCUCGAUAUGAUUUCUAACAAUACCGAUGUGUCCAACUUGAGAACUCUGGUAAGUGUAAAGUUACGGGAAUACGAGGAAGCGAUUCAAGAAACUGCCCAAGCUGGUAUGUUGGUCAGUUUCAUUACCGAAACUAUUGAACAAAGUGAUCAAGGAUUAACAGAGUUACCACCAAUUUCUACCGAUCGUUGGAGCAUUCUUCAAGCUGUAUUUUUUGCGAGCACGGUUCUCACGACUAUCGGCUAUGGAAACGUGGUACCGUCCACGAAUUACGGAAGAAUCUUUUGCAUUCUUUUCGCCAUCAUAGGAAUUCCUCUAACUUUGACUGUAAUUGCCGAUUGGGGUAAACUUUUUGCUGAAGUUGUGGUCCAAUUAACUGUUAUAGCAAAAUCGAAAUUACACUUUUUAACAACUGCACCUUGCAUACAAAUGAAUCCCACUGGAAGAAAAUCAGUUGGUGCGGUCGCAGCAGUUGCAUUACUUUUCGUAUAUUUGGCAUGUGGUGCUGGUAUGUUCAUGCUAUGGGAAGACGAUUGGGGCUUUUUCGAAGGAUUUUAUUUCUGUUUUGUCACGAUGACUACCAUAGGAUUUGGUGAUCUUGUUCCUAAGAAGCCCAAGUAUACACUAUUGUGUACCUUGUACAUCCUGGUGGGCUUAGCGUUGACUAGUACAAUCAUAGAACUGGUUAGAAGACAAUACGCUCAAUCUUGGAGGAGAUUACAAGCUUUGAGCGGACCUCUAGCAGAAACCCUUCGUAGAUUGGGUGAACACGCUGGUGGUGAUAUGUCAUCGCUUCAUUCUGAUCUGAGGAAAGUAUUGACGGUUAUUUCAAUGCCGAAAUUGAAGAGAUCACAAUCGGGUCGACCCGAUUCCAAAAAACAAGAAUGGGAAGAAGCUGUUGAAGCUGUGUUAAGAAACAUUGCAGCAUCCGCGACAACACCGCCUCCGAAAAAACCGAUCGUUCAAAUCGUCGUUUACGAAUCGAGCGUUUAAAUUAUCUAUAAUUUUGACAUAAUUAUUGUGAGAUGAAUUCGACGUAAAAUCAAUCAAUUUCUUUUUGAUCGAUGGUUUAACAUAUAUUUUAUUUUAUAUUAAUUUUUCUCCAGUUUCUAUUUAUAUAAUAUAUUUAUGGAUACAAAACAGAAGAAAAUUAAUAAAAAAUAAAAUAUUUCCGCGCUUU